AUGGCCAUGCAGCUGGAGGCCAGCACCGACACCUCAGCAGAGGAGGAGAGCUUUGGGCCACAGCUCAUCGCCCGCCUGGAGCAAUGUGGCAUAAAUGCAAAUGAUGUGAAGAAACUGGAGGAAGCUGGAUUCCACACCGUGGAGGCUGUUGCUUAUGCACCAAAGAAGGAGCUCCUAAAUAUUAAAGGCAUCAGUGAGGCCAAAGCUGACAAAAUCUUGGCUGAAGCAGCAAAGCUGGUUCCAAUGGGCUUCACCACAGCCACAGAAUUCCACCAGCGAAGGUCAGAGAUUAUCCAGAUCACCACUGGGUCCAAAGAGCUUGAUAAACUCCUUCAGGGAGGAAUAGAAACAGGGUCCAUUACAGAGUUGUUUGGGGAGUUCCGCACUGGGAAGACCCAGUUGUGCCAUACCCUGGCAGUGACCUGUCAACUGCCCAUCGACCGGAGCGGCGGCGAGGGCAAGGCCAUGUACAUCGACACCGAGGGCACCUUCCGCCCCGAGCGCCUGCUGGCCGUGGCUGAGAGGUACGGCCUGUCUGGCAGUGACGUCCUGGACAACGUGGCCUAUGCCCGAGGCUUCAACACAGACCACCAGACCCAGCUGCUGUACCAGGCCUCUGCUAUGAUGGCAGAGUCACG